AGGUGAUCGGGACGUACGUGUGAUCGGCCAAGGUACGGUGAUCGACGAAGGUGUGACCCGAUCACACGUACGUGAGGAGCCGGCACACGACAAGCUUACUUGAACCCAAGCACCGUGCUCCAGCCAGUGUCAGUGUGUCACUCGCCACCCCUUCGCGGUCACUUGGAGCUCUGUACAGUCGCUCCAUCGUUUUCGAUCGACGUUGGGUUCAUCGUCGACCCUCAUGGCGCCGGGCGGUCUCUUGGGCACGGCGGCGGUGGCCGUGAUGGUGUCGCUGGCGGUCCACGUCGCGCUCCACUGCCCCAUCCAGCCGCUCCCGUCGCCGCCGUCGCCCGCGCGGCACCCUCCCAAUAACCUCCUCCAGGGGCUGGAGAAGCUCGGGGAUGGGCGGCUGAGCGGGCCGGAGGACGUGUACAUCGACGCGGCGGCGGGCGGGACGCUGUACACGGCGACGAGGGACGGGUGGCUGGAGAGGAUGCAGCCCAACGGGUCGUGGGAGCACUGGCGGUUCGUCGGCGGCACUGACCUGCUCGGGAUCGCGCCCUCCGCCGACGGCAGCUUGCUCGUCUGCGACGCUCACAAGGGAUUACUGAAAGUCGAGGAGGGUCGCGUGACAAUUCUUGCAUCCACGGUCGAAGGCUCCACGAUCAGGUUUGCCGACGCGGUGAUCGAGGCGUCCGACGGCACGGUCUACUUCAGCGACGGGAGCACCAGGUUCGGCUUCGGCGAGUGGUUCCUCGAUUACCUCGAGGCCCGCCCCACCGGCCGGCUCCUCAGGUACGACCCCGGCACCGGCAAGGCGUCCGUGGCGCUCGACAACCUCGCCUUCGCUAACGGCGUCGCCCUGUCGCGGGACGAGUCCUUCCUCGUCGUCUGCGAGACAGCGGGGUUCAGAUGCACGAGGCUGUGGCUGAAAGGCGACAAGGCCGGCCAGAAGGAGACCUUCGUCGACAACCUUCCGGGGUCUCCGGACAACAUCCAUCUAGCACCGGACGGCUCCUUCUGGAUCGCCCUUCUCCAGCUGAGGUCACCAUGGAUGGACCUGAUCACCCGCUGGACCUUGGCCAAGAGAGUCGUCGCGUCGAUCCCGGCGCUUCACGAACCCAUCAAGGCGACGGCGAAGGGAGCGAUGGUGGCUCAGGUGUCGGAGGACGGUGAGAUCAUCCGUGUGCUCGACGACUCCCAAGGGAAGGUGAUCCACUUCAUCACUUCCGUGACGGAGUUCGAUGGGCACCUCUUCUUGGGAAGCCUUUCCACCAACUUCCUGGGCAAGCUGUCUCUGGCGAAGGUGCCACGGGUGCAGGCGGCAGUUUCAUCCUAGACAUGUACUCGUACUGUUAGUGUUGCCUGUUAUGGUGUAAUCAUCCAUUUCCAGUGGAAUAAUAAAGAUAAGCGGCACUAACCCAACUGGCAAUUUACGUCUUCCUGAAUUGGGAUGGUCAA